AUGGCUGGUCAGAAGGGAACUGGGUCCGACCAUGUUGAAUAUACUGCCAAUAAGGAUGCCACAGACCAGGUGGUCGGAAGAAUGCCGACAUUUCUUCUUGCCAUGACUGAAGAAGAGAGGGAGCUGAUGGAGAAGAAGUUGGUGCGGAAGAUCGAUGCACGCCUACUGAUCAUGCUUGUCGUUAUGUAUAUUUUGAACUAUCUGGAUCGCAACAACAUUGCAUCUGCAAAGCUCGCCGGUCUCGAUAAAGACCUUAAUCUGAAAGGAAAUCAGUAUCAGACCUGCGUCAGCAUCCUAUUCGUCGGCUACCUAUUGAUGCAAGUACCUUCAAACAUGAUUCUGAACAAAUUCGGAAAACCAUCAAUUUAUCUCCCAGGCUGCAUGUUUGCGUGGGUGUACAAUUUCUGCCGCCACUGCUGCUACGAGAAACUUUGGAGGGCUUUUAGCUUGUCGAUUCAUUCUCGGCCUGGUUGUCUUUAUUUGCUCACAGCAUGGUAUACGCGUAAGGAGGUUGGAAAGAGAACUGCUCUCUUUUACUGCGGAUCUUUAAUUUCUGGAGCUUUCUCUGGUCUCAUUGCCGCAGGAAUCACGCAUGGAUUGGCAGGAGCCCGCGGUAUUGCUGCCUGGAGAUGGCUGUUCAUAAUCGAAGGAGCUCUCACGGUCUUCGUGGCCCUCUUGUCAAUGUUCAUUAUCCCAGAUUUACCAAGGACAACUUCCUGGCUUACCGAGGAGGAGAAGGAGCUUGCCGCCUGGAGACUGGAAGCUGAUAUCGGUGAAGAUGACUGGGUUGAUAGUGAACAUCAGUCCAUGUUCCACGGUGCAAAGCUUGCUUUCACGGAUUACAAGACCUGGUUGCUACUUGGUGCAAUUUAUGGCCUCACCUCCGCUGGGGCUGUCACAACUUUCUUUCCAAUUGUCAUGGCUGGCCUGGGAAAGAGUACUGUCGAGACUCUUCUUCUGACUACACCUCCGUACCUAAUCGGCGCAAUCCUGGUUAUGAUUAAUGCAUGGCACGCCGAUAAGACAGGUGAGCGAUAUCUACAUAUCGCACUGCCACCCAUCGUGGCCAUUGUUGCCUUUAUUAUUGCAUUGUCAAAUACUUCAUUUGCUGGUCAAUAUGUUGCUAUGUGCCUCAUGAUAGGGGGUAUCUAUGCAGGAUAUGUGGUUUGUCUGGGAUAUAUUUCGAAUAUUCUGCCCCGGCCUGCCACAAAACGAGCCGCAGCCCUGGCUCUCAUCAACUGUCUGAGCAACGUUUGCCAGAUCUAUACACCAUACCUUUACCCCGAUUCCGCCAGCCCAAGAUUCGUCGCUGCUUUUUCACACAAUCUCGCCCUGUGUGCCAUGACCAUUUUCUUUGCAACGAUUAUCAGAAUUGUUCUUGGGCGUUUGAAUAAGCAACUGGACGAAGAAGAGGGCACGAAUAUUGGUCCAAGUAGAGCACAGGAGAACGAGAACGAAGAACAUGGCCUACCUGGACAAGCAGUUGUCCGAGGAUUCCGUUUCUUGCUUUAA